UGGGGAGCAGCCCUACAGCAGCAGCAGCAGCAGCAGCAGCAGCAGCGGGAGACUGGCCGCCGGUCUGGCCGACACCGCUCGUCCUUCCCAGGCUUCUCAGUAGCGCACCUACCCGGGGAUCCGCCGCACCUUUGGGCGUCAAACGGAUUAGUGAAAUCGGCGUAUCUGAUCUGACGCCACCCGCUAUUGGUGGUUCUGACCUGUCGCCGUCAACCUGCGGGGCUAAUCCAAUCAAGUGUUCAAAGGCGAGAAGCUAAGAAUAGCGCCAAUUACAGCAAAAAGUUUCACAUCUUCAGCGUGGCGCUGGCAGUAAUAGAGCAAAUGAGCCGGGCACCAUGGAUUGGGGGUGUCAUUGAUGAAUUACCUGCCAGAUUCGAGCAGCCUGUAUUGCGGGGACGUCAAAACAGCAAUGCGAUGAUCACAAGGAUUACUUUGGAUCCGAGGUGGGCGCACUGAAGAUAAGGGAAAGGAUCAGCCGCUGACAUAGGUUACAUAUGGUACCAGGUACAGGUGUGAAAUGUGUGCAGAAUGAGCAGCACAUUUGUAACAUUAGCUGAAGUUUUGGAGGCCCGAGGGGGACCUCUGCUGGAAGAGGAGGUCUGGUCCCUGCUGCUCGGCACUGCAGAGUCUUUAGUGGAUGUCUCUUAUAAGGGUCAUAACAAUAUGUGCAGUAUUAUAAGCCCCACCUCCCUGCUCCUGUCAGCCACUGGAACCUUAGCAUUUAAGAACUGCGGCCUAUCAGAUGAGGUAUCCACCUUCACCGCUCCAGAAAUGCUGCAGGGCCGUGCCAGCUCAACCAAACCUGCCACAGAGAGGAUGCUGGUGUACUCACUGGGUAUGACUCUCUACUGGUCAGUUGAUUUUCAACUACCUCAAAAUCAGCCAGUCCAGUUGAGUGACCAUCUGAACAGCCUCCUCCUCAGCAUGUGCGAGGAUGUUGCCCACCGCCGAAUAAAUCUCAACUGCAUCCUGGAAGCCUGCGAAUCUCAGCUGAAAGCCUCCAUCCUGCUGCCCCCCGCCAAAGUCAUCAGGCAGCUGGUGGAGGAGGUUUUUCAUGAAUCACUCGACCAUGGCUCCCUGCCAGACAGUAACGUCCCCCUGAGUGGCAGGAGCCAAAUGAUCAGAGAGAGACUCCAUGGGAAGCGAGGGCCGUUUUCAGACUUCAGUGAAGGGAGCACUGAAGGGAGAAGAUAUUCAACAGACUCUGAUUCAAAGUCAGGGAGUUUACCUCAGAGACCUUGGAGGCAAAGACCAAGAAGCUCUCCGACGCCUCUGUACCAGUCUUCUUUAGACAGACUCCCUCGUGGGGUUCGUCACAGGGACAGCAACUGCAGCUGGCUGGGUCGGAGUCCACACCAUGACAUCUCCCCCAAGACAUCGGGCCGAUCUCACAGUCCUUCCAUCACUUUCAGCGAGUCCUCGCUCAGUCUGAGCCAGAGAAAAUCAAAGGCACUGGGUCCUGAAUUCAUCAGAAUGGCAGACGAACAGCAAAUUCUUCUUGAGCUUCCAGGAUCUAUUGUGUCCAGAAAGGGCCGUUCAUGUUCGUCUCAGAGAGAAGUGACUGUAGUGAUGCCUAACGGACAGUGCGUGGUGGUCCGCUGUGACAUUAAGUCCAGAGCAAGAGAUGUGUUUGACAUGGUGGUGGCUCACGCAAACUUGGUGGAACACUUUUACUUUGGUCUUGCCUUCCUCGAUGAUGAUGAAUAUUUCUUUUUGGAUCACGAAACAAAAAUCUCCAAAGUCGCGCCUGACAGUUGGAGAAAAGGGCAGAUAUCCUCCUUUCUGGUGUUUCUCCGGGUCAAAUUUUUCGUUGACGAUAUCGCCUUCAUUCUGCACAGACUGACUCGUCACCAGUACUACCUGCAGAUGCGUAAGGAUAUCCUGGAGGACAGGCUGUACUGUAACGAGGAAACGGGCCUGUUCCUGGCAGCUCUCGCUCUCCAGGCUGAGUUUGGUGAUUAUAUGCCCGAGUUGUACGGUAAGAAUUACUACCAGCCAGAGCAUUAUGUGUCUAAGAGGAUGCUGGAAAAGCUUGCCCUGCCUAACAUCAAGGAAGAGUUGCCAAGACUGCAUGGAAGUCACGCCCAGAUGAUGCCUGAAGAGGCAGAAACAGAGUACCUCAAGAUUGCCCAGCAGUUACCAGAGUACGGCGUCAUGUUCCACCGAGUUGGGAGAGAGAAACGGCCAGUGAUUGGAGAGUUGGUUUUGGGAAUCUGUGCCAAAGGAAUCAUUGUGUAUGAAAUGAAAAAUCAUCUGCGAACUCUCACAAGACGCUUUCUCUGGAGGGAAACUGACUCCAUAUCCACUGGGCGACGCAAGCUGAUCAUCGAGUGCGGCGGGCCGAGCGGGAAAAAGCACGGUUUUGUUACAGAGAGCUCAAAAAUAGCACAGUAUCUCCUGAACCUCUGCUCGGCUCAGCACAAGUUUCACAGCGAGAUGACGUCUCGCCAGCUCAACCACACCAUGAUCCCAGAUGAAAACAUGGAAAAGUACAUGGCGUCCUACCGGAGCGGUAACCUGAAGCGGAUGUCCUGCUCGGAGGGCAUGUUGAACCACGUGGGUUUGACCCCCGGUCAGCAGGACUCGCUCUCCAAGUCCUGUGACGACCUGACUGCCAAACUGGAGGCGCGGCUCCGCCAGCAGAGAGAGAUGAGGCGGGAGAUGAGUCGAGAGCUGAACAAGGACCACCUCGCUGAAACGGGAUACCUCAGGGACGUGAAGGAGCGUCAGAGCUGGAGCACUCCAGAGUCAAUUCCCAGAAUGAUGUCCAGUGUUUCACUGCAAAAGCAGGACUCUGAUGCUUCGUCUUCAAUACGUGUUGACACUCCCACUCGGACCCCACCAGAGAGAGAAAUCGUCUGUGUGACUCUGAAGAAAGAUCCUAAACUGGGCUUCGGCUUUGUGAUCGUGGGAGAGGACAAUACAGGUAAACUCGACCUUGGGAUCUUCAUUGCUUCCAUCGUGCCCGAUGGGCCCGCCGACAAAGAUGGACGCAUCAAACCCGGUGGUCGUCUUAUUUCCCUGAAUAAGACGAGUUUAGAAGGAGUGACGUUCAGCGACGCUGCUGCCAUCCUACAGAGCAGCCCCGAGGAAAUAGAGCUCAUCGUGUCACAGCCUAAACAGACUCUGAAGGACAGACAGGGUUCCUUCAGUCAAAGUACGCUCGGUUUGGCGCUGGAGAAGAGCUUUGGGUCCCAAACCACCCUGAGCGGCACUGAAUUCCGUCCCGCUGUGGAGGAACUGGAGGAGGCCAUCGCACUGUCCAGCAUCGCGACGCCCAAGCAGAACAGGAGGCUUCACAUUCCAGUCGUGCGAAUACAUGAUGCUCAGGAUGCCUGUUCCAGGUCGCCGUCCAUCUUAAGCCUUAAAGCUGCAGAGCGGUUUGUGGUCGAACUGAAGAAAACCAGCGGCAGCCUUGGCAUGAGUGUCGCUGGAGGAAUAAACACAAAUGUGCGGUACGGAGGCAUUUACAUCAAGAGUCUGCUACCGGGAGGUGCAGCUGAGCAAGAUGGACGAAUUCAAAUCGGUGACAGACUGCUUGAGGUUGAUGGGUCCAACCUGAGGGGCGUGAGUCACCAACAAGCUGUCGAGUGCCUAAAGAAGACUGGGGAGGUGGUGAGCCUGCUGUUGGAAAGGGAACCCACAGUGGUGUUGGAGCCCAGACCUGAUUCACCCUGCCUUCCUUCGGUGCACAGUCCGUCACACACACUGCCCCCCAGGACCGAGCUCUCCAUGGAAACGACCUUGAGUGGUCGAACCAAGGACUACAGCUUUGCAACUGAUGAAAACACGCAUGAAGUGGUGCUGAAGAAGAGCCUGUCUGGCCUUGGAUUCAGCUUUUACAUCUCACAUCUGCACUCGGGGCCGGACUGUGGAAGCGUUGUCCGCAUCAAGCGCCUGUUUCCAGGUCAGCCAGCACAAGAAAGCGGGCUGCUGCGAGAGGGAGACAUCAUUCUGUCCGUCAACAGAGAGCCUUUGAAGGAUCUCUCAUACCAGAGGGUGUUGUUCCUGUUGCGCGGCGCUCCCUCAGAAGUUCAUCUCUUGAUCUGUCGGCCGACUCCUGGACUGCUGUACGACACCGAUGAUAACACACUGAGUCCGGGACCCCUCCGUGAGAUUCGAUCCAGGUCGCUGGACAUCAGGCUUGGAGAAGACUACAGCCAAUUACUUAAGUUUCAGUAUGACGCCACAGUCCCCACCCUAAAGCAGCCGCCCACUCAGGAAGAGGAUCUGACCAACACGGCAGAAAAAGACCCGGAACCCUCUGCGUCUCCACCCCUCCCAGAGAGUCAGGAAGAUCCGGAAACUCGAGACAACCAGACUCCCCCGUCUCCCCCUCGCUCGCCGCCCUCUCCCACGUCCCCGACAUCUCCUCCGUCGCCGGUCUCACCAGCCUCUCCUCCCUCGCCGCCGUCGGCCGCCUCCCCGGCUUCGCCGGCUUCCCCCGCCUCGCCUGCCUGCGGCUCUCCAACAGCUCCGGCAGAGCCCCGGCCGACUGAUGAGAACCUCGAGAUUCAGAAUCAGAUAGACACAAAAAUGCAGAAGAAAGAUGAUGAAGAGGAAGUUGCAGCGACAUCAAGCUCAGCUGUGCCGCUCAUGGACGUCUGUCCCAAGACGGCUUCAAAUGCUGUUUAUACCAGUGGAAUCAGAGAGGAGGCAGAUGGAAGCGUGACAUACUGCCUCAUGGGAAACGGAUUGACCAUCGUGGCAGACGAGGAGUACCUGACCAUCAGCUCCACGCUGGAGUCUUCCCACAGCCUUCCCGCCACCCACACGCCGACAGUCAACUUCACAGGCCUCGGCAAUCCAACCCCCAGCAGCUUCCAGGGUCCGGUCUCAAACCCCCUUGACCCCGCCGCCAUCGUCUCAACCCUCGCCCUCACCUCUGACCCCUUGACCCCGUGCCCCCCGGUGCACCCGUCGCAGCCGCUCACAACGCAGCCACCGAAAACCAAGCACCACCUCAUCCAGCAGGGGCUUCUUCCAAGUCACUAUAAAGCCAUGUCGAAGCACAGCCGCCCGAUGGUUCCUCCGCCUCAGCCUCCUCCUGUGACGCCCAUCACAGCCCAGAUCAUCUCCACCGUGCCUCCGUGCGCCACCCCCGCCGGCCUGACGCUGCCGCCCGCCAUGCUGCUGCCGCCUCCGGCUCAGAUCCAUUCACAGCCGAGGGAAGAACCGGAGAAGAAAGUAAGAGAUUACCUGGAUGACGACGAUGUGGAAGAAGAUGACGAAGAGGAAGAGAGUCGAAGAAAGGGUUUGGUGAAAGAGUUUGAGCUGACCGUGGUCCUGACCAAGUCCAGGAGUGGGAGCUUUGGGUUCACCAUCACUCGUAGCAAACUGGACAACUGCUACUACAUCCAGGAAAUCCUGGACAACCCGGCGAAGUCAGACGGCCGACUCAGGGCGGGAGAUCGACUCGUCACAGUAAACGGACAUGACGUUACCAGUGUAGCCGACGAUGUUGCCAUGACGAUCCUCAGGUCUUCCCCGAGGAGGCUGAGCAUGACCCUGGGGCGUGCGGUCACCAACCUGGUGGCCCCGCCUCCCUGCGACAGCCUGCCCGAUGUGGUGCUCUAUAAAACACCUUCAGGGCAGCUCGGCAUAAAGCUGACAGGCGGCAUUGGCAGCAAAUGGCAGGGCAUCUACUGUCUGGAAGUGGUGCCAGGCUCCCCGGCGAGCGAGGAGGGCAGCGUCCAACCCAACGACAAGAUACUGUACAUCAGUGGCAGGUGCACUCUGGGAAUGACCCUGGAGGACGCCGUCAAGGCUUGUGAGAUCGCCCCACGUAAAGUGAAGCUUAAAAUUAUCAGAGAAGACCAGCCGGUGACGCCCAAGGCAAAGUGGAAUGGUCUUUUUGACUGGAAAAAGGACAGGAGGUUUUUUGCUCGAUUUGAAGAGCCGGUCUCGCCUGAGAAAGAGUCUCCAACAGAAGAUGCUGAAGCUGUUUGUAGGACUGCUGGAAAUUUCAGAUGUCUCUCUCUCACCCAGGAACAGGAUAGUUGCAUCAUGCAAGUGGAGUUCACAAAACCCGAAGGCGGGGGUCUUGGCUUCGCUUUGGUCGGGGGAACAAAUGGCAGCAUGCUCAGAGUGAAGGAAAUCUGCUCCGGUGGCGUCGCUGAGCAGGAUGGUCGGCUGCGAGUGGGAGAUAUCUUGUUGGAGGUGAACGGUGUGAUCGUGUCCGGCCUCAGUCACAGCAAAGUGGUAGAUAUCCUGCGGAAGGCGGAGGGGACGGUGCAGCUCACCAUCUGCAGGGACAUCCUGCCCCUGACGUACUCUGAGUCACCUGCGCCACUCAACAUGUCUGCUCACACUGAAGCUAUUCUAGCCGAGCAGCCGGCUCCCGUGUCCAGCCCCGACGCCUGCUCCUCACCCGACCUCUUGCUGAAUAAGCCGGUUGAUUGCCCGCCUGAGGCAACUCUAGACCCUUUAGUGAAAGACGCAGACGUCGUCUUGACGCCGCCGCCUCCCCCUCCUCACAGGCUGACUGUGGUAACAGAUGAGACUUCAAUUAUAGAGGAGAGCUGUAACAGCACCCCUUCUCAUCAAGCUUGCUGUCCAUCCCUCAAUGUCACUGACAUGUUGCAUGGAGCUUCCGACAGGAAACAAAUUGUGACCAAACUUUUGGACCAGUCCUGCAAAGACAUCCUGAAAACCCAGUCAGAUGGCUGGAGCAGCGAGGAAGAUGAUGUAUUUGACGCCACAGGCCCACCCAUCGUAUCAGAGGAGGAGCUGGCCCGUCUAGCACUCAUUACCCCGGCUAAGAGCAGCCAGUACUCAGGCUCCAGGGUCAAAGCUCUCAUCCAGAUCCUGCAGCAUCAGCUUGACGAGCAGGAACUGGUGAAAGAGUUCAUGGCUCUGGAGCAUCUGAAGCCCUCUGAUAACUGUCUGGUGGGAAAAGCCCCCGAGAACCGAGACAAGAACCGAUACCGAGACAUCCUUCCCUAUGAUAAAACUCGUGUCGCAAUCGGACAGAACCAGGACUAUAUCAAUGCCAGCCACAUCCGCAUGGAAGUCGGAGCCGAGGAGUUUUCCUACAUCUCCUGCCAGGGCCCUCUGCCCACCACGGUGCACAGCUUCUGGCAGAUGAUCUGGGAAAACAAGUCCGACGUCAUCUCGAUGAUGACACAGGAAGUGGAGCGAGGACGGAUCAAGUGUCACAAGUACUGGCCGGAGAAGCUGGACGUGCCUUUGGACGCUGGCAGGUACCAGCUUCACCUGGAGAACCAGCAGUACCUCGAAUACUUCCACAUCAAAAUCAUCCGCAUGCUGGAGACGGAGACGGGAGAGACGCACUUUGUCCGUCACUUGAAGUUCACACGCUGGCCAGACCACGGCGUGCCGCAGUGCUCCGAGCAGCUGGUGUGCUUCAUCCGCUACAUGAGAUCGAUCCACCACCAGGGGCCGAUCACUGUGCACUGCAGCGCUGGCAUCGGACGCACCGGCGUGCUCAUCUGUACCGACGUCAUUCUCAACCUCAUUGAGAACGACUUGCCUAUUAAUGUUAGCAACAUCGUAAAAGAGAUGAGGCUUCAGCGGCAUGGCAUGAUUCAAACCAAGGAGCAGUACCUCUUCUGCUACAAAGUCUGGCUGGAGGUUUUACAAGGGAUUUUACAGCUUCAUGGCAACCAGUGGCAGCCGGAGAGUCCCAGAGAGCACAAAAUAGUUUGAGCGUCUCCACAUUUCAGUCCACUCACCUGUAAAGCACGGGCUGUGUAUGUUCGACCAUGAGCAGCCUCAUGCGGCAUAGCGGUACACCGAUGAUCAAUCUUGCUUUGACUCGUCUACGUUUAGUUAGCUAGAAUAUGAAAUCUAUACAUCUGUUUUACUGCAAUGAUUCCAACUUCGACAUUUCUUAUUUCUGUUGGUUCUCGGUGCUGUAAUUCUCUUUAUUUUAGAUCACUGAGGUUGUUUUGCCUUUACAGGUUAGAGAUUCUGCCUUCUGUCCCAAGCAUUUUU